AUGGCGGAGCCACGCAGAGUAGCGUUUAUUAGCCUGUCACCGGUGAGGCGGCGCGAGGCCGACUACCCGGGGGCCGAACGCGAGCCCGAGUACCCUCGCGAGCCCCCCCGGCUGGAGCCGCAGCCAUACCGCGAGCCGGCCCGGGCGGAGCAGCCGGCCCCGCGGGAGGCUGCCCCCCGGUCGGACGUGCAGCCCCCGCCGCGGGAGAAGCCGCUCCCCCAGCGCGAGGUCAGCCGCGCCGAGCCGCCCAUGUCGCUGCAGCGCGAGCCCCCGCGGCCCGAGCCGCCGCCGCCGCCGCUCCCUCAGCUGCACUUGCAGCCGCCCCCGCCGCGGGAGACGGCUUCCCGGGCCGAGCCGCAGCAGAGGCCGCCGAGGGAGACGGUGCGCCUGGAGCUGGUGCUCAAGGAUCCCACCGACGAGAGCUGCGUGGAGUUCAGUUACCCGGAGCUGCUGCUGUGCGGAGAACAACGGAAGAAGCCCAUUCACACAGAAGACCCAUUUAAUGACGAGCAGCAAGAGAGGCAAGAAGUGGAAAUGUUGGCUAAGAAGUUUGAAAUGAAAUAUGGUGGGAAACCCCGUAAACACCGGAAGGAUCGGCUACAAGAUUUAAUUGAUAUAGGCUUUGGCUAUGAUGAGACAGACCCAUUUAUUGAUAACUCAGAGGCUUAUGACGAAUUAGUUCCUGCUUCUCUAACAACAAAAUAUGGAGGCUUUUACAUCAACACUGGCACUCUGCAGUUUCGCCAAGCUUCAGAUACUGAAGAAGAAGAUAUUACAGACAACCAAAAGCACAAGCCCCCCAAAAUUCCCAAAAUAAAAGAAGAUGAUAUUGAGAUGAAGAAGCGGAAGAGGAAAGAGGAAGGGGAAAAGGAGAAGAAACCAAGGAAAAAAGUCCCCAAACAACUGGGAGUUGUGGCUCUAAAUUCACACAAGUCUGAAAAAAAGAAGAAACGUUAUAAAGAUUCUCUUUCUCUAGCUGCCAUGAUACGAAAAUUUCAGAAAGAGAAGGAUGCAUUGAAGAAGGAGCCUAACCCCAAAGUCCCAAUGAACUUAACGACGUCCUCUCUGAAUAAGACCCCCUCCACUGCCGUAGCAUUGGGAAGUGAUGUCUCGGACUUAAAUCUGAACACUGCUGAUCCGGACCUCCCCAUUUUUGUUGGCACAAAUGAACAUGAACUGUUUCGGGAAGCUGAAAAUGCCCUAGAGAUGCUAGAUGAUUUCGACUUUGACAGAUUACUGGAUGCUGCUUCUGAUGGUAGCCCCCUCUCUGAGUCAGGGGGAGAGAAUGGAAACACCACCCAGCCAACCUAUGCCUCUCAGGUUAUGCCCAAGGUGGUGCCUACACUCCCAGAGGGUCUGCCUGUCCUUCUUGAAAAACGCAUCGAAGACCUCCGUGUAGCUGCCAAACUUUUUGAUGAAGAAGGAAGGAAAAAAUUCUUUACACAGGAUAUGAAUAAUAUUCUUCUGGACAUUGAGUUACAGCUACAGGAACUAGGCCCUGUCAUUCGUAGUGGUGUCUACUCCCAUCUUGAAGCUUUUGUGCCAUGCAAUAAAGAAACACUGGUGAAACGUCUAAAGAAGUUACAUCUCAACGUCCAGGAUGAUCGUUUAAGAGAACCUCUGCAAAAACUGAAACUGGCUGUUAGCAAUGUCAUGCCUGAACAGCUAUUUAAAUACCAGGAGGACUGCCAAGCUCGCAGUCAAGCUAAGUGUGCCAAGUUGCAGACAGACGAAGAACGAGAGAAAAAUGGAUCUGAGGAAGAUGAUGAUGAGAAACCGGGGAAGCGUGUCAUAGGACCAAGAAAGAAAUUCCACUGGAAUGACACCAUCAGAACUUUGUUAUGUAACCUUGUUGAGAUCAAAUUGGGAUGCUAUGAGUUAGAGCCAAAUAAAAGCCAGUCCGCUGAGGAUUAUCUUAAAUCCUUUAUGGAGACAGAGGUGAAACCAUUGUGGCCUAAGGGCUGGAUGCAGGCAAGAAUGCUUUUUAAGGAAAGUCGGAGUGUACAUAAUCAUCUUACUUCUGCUCCGGCAAAGAAAAAGGUGAUUCCUGCACCUAAACCCAAAGUGAAGGAGUGUAGUCCAAAAAAGGACCAGAAAACUCCUGCAUCCUUGGUGGCUUCAGUUGGUGGUCCUUCAACGAGCUCUAGCACAUCUGCCGUGGCCUCUACCAGUUCUAGCUCUACACCAGCCCAGGAGACCAUCUGCCUUGAUGACUCACUAGACGAAGACCUUUCUUUCCAUCCACCUGCACUGGAUCUUGUUUCUGAAGCUUUAGCUGUUAUCAACAAUGGGAACAAGGGCCCUCCGGCUGGCUCAAGGAUAAGCAUGCCAACUGCAAAGCCUCGUCCAGGACUGAGAGAAGAAAAGUUAGCAAGUAUCAUGAGUAAGCUGCCAUUGGCUGCUCCUAAAAAACUAGAUUCUUCUCAGACUGCACAUUCAUCAAGUCUUAUUGCUGGUCACACAGGGCCGGUACCAAAGAAACCCCAGGAUUUAGCUCAUACUGGCAUCUCUUCAGGCCUUAUUGCUGGUUCUUCAAUUCAGAACCCUAAAGUUUCCUUGGAACCUUUGCCAGCCAGGCUGCUUCAACAAGGACUACAGAGGUCGAGUCAGAUUCAUGCUUCUUCCUCUUCACAGACCCAUGUUUCCUCUUCUUCCCAAGCCCAAGUUGCUGCCUCCUCUCACGCUCUGGGAACAUCAGAGGCCCAAGACGCUUCUUCGUUAACACAAGUAACAAAGGUGCACCAGCAUUCAGCUGUCCAACAAAACUAUGUGUCUCCAUUACAAGCAACCAUUAGUAAAUCACAGACCAACCCAGUGGUGAAAUUAAGUAAUAAUCCCCAACUUUCCUGUUCAUCCCCGCUUAUUAAGACUUCGGAUAAGCCACUUAUGUACCGCCUUCCCUUAUCUACUCCCUCACCCGGAAAUGGUUCUCAAGGGUCCCACCCCCUGGUUUCUAGGACAGUACCUAGCACCACUACCUCCAGUAACUAUUUAGCCAAGGCUAUGGUGUCACAGAUGUCCACGCAGGGUUUCAAAUCUCCCUUCUCAAUGGCUGCAUCCCCCAAACUUGCCGCAUCUCCAAAACCUGCCACAUCUCCUAAACCCUUGCCCUCACCUAAGCCUUCUGCCUCACCCAAGCCCUCUGUGUCCACUAAGCCUUCAGUAUCAACUAAACUUAUUUCUAAAUCCAACCCAACUCCCAAGCCUCCUGUACCCCCAAGCUCUUCCAGUCCAAAUGCACUAGUAGCCCAGAGCAGCCACUCCAGCAGUAACAACCCAGUCCAUAAACAGCCCAGUGGGAUAAACCUCAGCAGACAGUCUCCCACCUUGAAUUUGCUGCCCUCCAGUCGUACUUCAGGCCUUCCAUCCACAAAAAAUCUUCAGGCCCCUUCAAAGCUAACAAAUUCCUCACCCACUGGAACUGUUGGGAAGAAUAGCUUGAGUGGAAUUGCAGUGAAUGUACCUGCCAGCAGAGGUAGCAACCUUAACUCAAGCGGAGCCAAUAGGACUAGUCUCUCUGGGGGAACAGGAAGUGGAACACAGGGUGCUACUAAACCGUUGUCUACUCCACAUAGACCAUCCUCUGCCUCAGGGUCUUCAGUGGUAACCGCCAGUGUGCAGUCCACAGCAGGAGCAUCAUUAUUGGCUAAUGCCUCACCUCUGACUCUCAUGACAUCACCUUUGUCUGUAACAAAUCAAAAUGUGACUCCUUUUGGGAUGCUGGGUGGCCUUGUUCCAGUGACCAUGCCCUUCCAGUUUCCCUUGGAGCUACUUGGCUUUGGAACGGACACAGCUGGAGUGACAACCACCUCGGGAUCUACCUCAGCCGCUUUCCACCAUAGCCUAACUCAGAAUUUACUAAAGGGUUUACAGCCAGGAGCUCAGCAUGCAGCAACACUUUCCCACUCACCUCUGCCUACACAUUUACAGCAAACAUUCAAUGAUGGAGGCCAAAGUAAAGGGGACACUAAAUUACCACGGAAAUCUCAGUGACUUCCCAGCGAGCAAUGGAGAUGAGACACUCAGCUGGCUGAUGGAAUCUACCUGAUGGGAAAGUACUCAUGUGGUCAUAGGGCUGCUGUUCUGUCGAUGUUUACAUUCUCUCGUCCCAAGCACUGUGGUGAGGAGGAAAAAAGAAAAGAGAACAUUACUUGAGUCAAGCCAGGUGCAGGAGGAAGAAAUGCUUUCGUGCAAAGUUAGUGACCUGUGGUCUCCUCUAAAGAAAGACAAAGUGACCAUAUUAACUGACUUGAAAGAGACUCAGUUGUCAAACCCACAGAAGUACAAAUUUGAUUUUUUUCCCCGGGGGAGAAAGAAGGAAUCUGAGGAUUUGGGUAAACUCCAUCCAUCCUGGGGGUUGGAUCUGAACACUUGUAGACAUAAUCGCAUAAUAAAAGGCAGUCUAUCUGGAAUUAGGCCAGUUUGUCAGGAGUAACAAUCAUGUUUAUCUGAGUGGACUAUGCAGCAAAUUUGCCACACAACAAAAUUAAUGACCCUGUGUUUGAUCCAGACAGUAGCUGAGGAAAUACUGUACUCUCACAAGUCCUGAACAAACUUGAAUCUUCUCCAGUGUGUAGCAACCCCCCAUGUAAAUCAGUGGACUAAAGAUGCUUCAGGAAAGUUAUUUUAGCACAGUGAUACAUAUUAUUAAAUCAUCAAGAUUUUUAAAAGUGAAGAAAUUGAGCCUGUUGCUCUUAACAGACAAACUUAGAUGUCCCCUUUUUGUAAAAGGGUCAAUUUCAUCUUCCAUUCAGAAGCAGGUACUUAACUCUCCUUCAGGUGAUUUGUGCAUCUGGUAUUGACUGGUUAAUUCUUACUUCCAUUCUUGAUGUUAAAAUGUGACUCUUCAGAAAUGGGGAUCUUUGACGUAGGGCUGCGACUUCGGUGCUCCUAGCCCCUGCAGGCCCAACACCCUGAACUGUAAACUUCCCCAGCCGCACCUCGGUUCACAACUUCUCCUGGUCUUGUAGCUAGUGGUACUUCAGGUGAUUCUUAAUUGUUGACAGAGACAGGCGUGAGUGUGUACUACACAUGCCUCUUCGUUGGUCAUUCAAAUGGCAUAUAUAUAUUUUUGGAAUUUUUAAGAUAGUAUUUUAAAGGGAGGAAUUACAUUAGGAUCAUUAUGUGUAUAAGGGAUUAUUUUUUAUAACAAUCACAGUGUAUUUUUACUCCCUAUAUCCAGUGUAGUGAAAUUGAUUUGGAGCAUUUGGGAUCUUAAAGCUUUAUUAAUAUUUACUGAGAAUAUUGAUAUGUGAGUAAAGCUGCAGAUAACGGGAUAACAAAACUGCUUAGUUCUUAUAGCUUCCUUAUGCAAAUACAUACUCAACAAAGGAUGUUAAGGGAGAAAUUUAUGGUUCUUUUUGAAUAUAUUUGAUUUGAUUUUUUUUUUUUUCCCCUCACCUUUGGUCUUGUCUCCUUUUCUCCCUAUUUAGGCUUCUGAAUGUUUUCAAACUAUACCCAUGAUUGGUGUAAGCUUGAUCCAUUUAUAACAAUAGACUAACCUAAAAAACAGCAUGAAAUUGAUAGUAGCAAGAUUUGCAUCUUUUUUCAUUACAAGUCACCCUAUACCCUUACAUUUCUUCAAAUAAGUGUAUUAACCUGGCCCUUUUUUCCUUUUACAAGCACAAGUCCCAAAUAGCCUAUAGGACUGUGAAUAAAUUACCACAGAUCUGUUCAGAUCUGUAUACCUAUAUUUUGACUUCAAAGUCACAUUGGCUUGCUUCAUAGCAACAAGUUAAUAAGUAACUGAAAGCUUUAGUUCCAAGAACUUUUUACAGUAAGGGGAAAGGAUUAUUUCAAAGGAAUCACUGAUAUAAUUACUUGCCCCUAAGAAUUUAGUUUACCAGUAAAACAUAAGAAUGUUGUAUCAACCCCAGUUGGAAGGAUAUUGGGAUGUUGCAGCGAGGCUUGACUUGAAUCGAAUAUGUUUAAUUAAAGGUUGUUUGGUUUUUUAAAUUAGGGAAGCUUACCCAAUUCUUGAGUUAUUCGAGUGUAGUAUACCUGUUGCUUUUAUCUAAUUUGGAAAAAGAAGUCUUUGCCAAUACUCUAUGGGAGUUUUCCUUUGGGAAGCAAUAGCCUUUGUUUUACUUCCCACACCAGGAGAGAAGUCACAGUGCAUACUAAUCUCUCUUCCUGCUGAUAAUUGUGUACGUGUUCAUCUGUGUGCAUAUGAAGAUUUAUUUAUAUAUAAAUUCAUUACUAAUGUAAGUCAGGGAAUAAUUUCGGUUUCUUAAAUCCAUCAGUUCUGAAUCAUGCUACGUGAAGAUCCCUGACAAUUCUUGGUUGUCAUUAGAGAAGAACAGAAUUAUCAAUUCUUCCCCCAAGUAUUAUUUUAUAACUAACCAUUAAAAUUAUCUGAAGGCUCUUGGCUCUGAAAAGUCCAUAUAUAUGGAGAUGAUAUUCUAUUCUCUUCACUCUUGAUUCCUUGAGGACUGCUACCUGGUUCCCCCCCUCAGCCCCCCACCACAUUUUCACUAACUUUCGUCCAUUUCAAUCAAGACGACCCUUUUAUGUUGUACAAAUGAAACAAACAUCUUUAUAUUUCUUAAUAGAUAAGUAUGACCAGAGAGCUCCUAGAUGUAAAUACAGAACUGUUUCUUUUCUAGACCAUAACAUUGAAAAUGGUGUCCAUACUUUAUGGGUGCCUGUCUUUACAGUUUUUCUUACUAAAUACAACCAUAUAAAUUGGUUAUUUUUUAGCACAGAGACUUGUGACUCAUACUGUAUUUUUGCACUUAAAAGUCAAAUCGUGUUAUUUUUUAAAACGGUGAGUAAUUGGAAAGGAUAUAGAGCAAUGUGUAUUUCUGAAGAGCAUUAGCAACAUCCCAAUGCAAAAAUAAUCAGCACACUUAAUUAUGUCCCACUCAGCGGGAUUCUUGAUUCAGGAAAAUUAAGCUGUUUUGUUUUCAACUGUCGUGUAUUUUAAAUUGCCUUCACUGAUGUAUAAGCUGUUACUGUACAUACAAGUUAAUCCUCAGUAUUCACAAGCAAUAACGGUCAGCAGAGUUGUCUUCAGAGAUAGCAGUGCUGAGCCUCAGUUGGAGACUGUUUGGGAGCAAAGUGUCAAGCUCAUUCAGAGCCUCCAAAGUCAAUGCAAGCAAUAAUUCCACUAUAACUCAAUUCUAAUUCUUUCUCACAUGCUUCUCAAAUCCAAGUGUAAAAGAAAUGAUGGUUUUAAAACAGCCUGAAGAAAAACGUUUUGGAAAAAGAAGUGAAGUUAAUCUGAAGUCACAAAAUCCCGAUAUUCUGAGGAAAUCAGAGGAUUGUGUUAGUACAUUCUGUCAUGCCUGCCACCCCUUUGAUGGAUGUUGUUAGCCCAAAUUACAUUUUUUUAUAUCCUAGAAGUUGAAUAGGGUGUAUUGCAUCACCGAGGUAGGAGGAAGAACCGGGCACAUACAUGUUUGGAUACUGUGGGUUUGACACCUGUUUGAAAACAACUUAUUGGGAAAUAUUUUUAACCCAGGAUCCCCACCCACCCACCCCACCUCACCCCACCCCCUCCAAAGCAGAUCUAAAUUGUUUACUACCCAGGGUUGGAAAGGGCAGACACGUCAAGUCUGUUCCAGUUGCCCUUACCACUCCCCUUUCCACCUCUACUUGGUUCAAGACGUUUUCUGAAAUGGAAAUUCUGCUGUUAAUCAAACUGCCAUUGAUUGUGAGAACUCUAUGUCCCUUGGGAUCAUCUCUUAGAACUCCAGUUAUCUAUCAUAUUUGCUGCUACAUUUGUAACAUGAACUUUGCCUGUAUUGGUCGAUUUUAAUCUAAUUUACAGUUCUUCAUUUCUAGGAGGUUUUGUCAUAUAACUUGACCCAUGUAUAGAGUUAGGAUACUUUAUUUUAGGAGUGUACCGUAAAAGCACACUGGUUGGUCCCUGUAUUCUUUUUAUUAUCACUUAGGUUUUGAAUUUAUGUUUGCCUUUUUGGUUCGUUGAUGUUUUGUUUUGCUUUGUUUUAAAUUAGAAAUAGAAGAGUGAGAAAAAUCUAUAAUCAGGCCAAACUUGAGAACUUUCCCUUGUGCUUCAGCACUAUAGUUUCUGCUGACCAUAUGUUCUCAAAAGGGGCACUUUUACUUUCUCCUGUGCAUGUAUGAUUGUUUUGUUAUGUUUUUUGCUUUUGUAAUAAGCAGAAGAAAAAUGCAGUAGUAGGUAAAUGAUUACAAACAUGUUCUGCAAUUUUAUUUUAUAAAAUUUAAGGGGAAAAGUUUAACUCUGUAAAUCAUUUCUUAGCUCUGGUAAAAUGCUUAUUCCUCUAAAACACGCUCAAUUCAGGCCUUUGUCUUCGUUAAGUGCCUUUUUUUUCUUUCUUUUUCCCCCCUCUUGAAAGUGUUCUCAGAUACCCUAAAGUACAGGCUAAUAAGUCAGGGGAUUCAGGAGGAAGAAUCUCAUACUUGCCAACAUCAUGUCAUGCUGUAAUAUUAUUCUUCCUUUUUUUGUUUUAUAAGUAUAAGGAUAUAUGUAUAAGAUACAUACAUACAUAUAUAUGUAUACAUAUGUAAUAUACAUACCCAUAUAUAUACAUAUAUAUACAUAUACAUAUAUAUACAUAUACAUAUGUGUGUGUGUGUGUGUGUGUGUGUGUGUGUGUGUGUGUAUAACUAGUAGCUGCUGUACCAUCGCAUCCUUUCCAAACACACUCCUUUCAGUGUUUGCAAAACUUCUGGCUUGUUUAUUCCAUUGUUUUAGUCAAUUCAAAUGGGUAGAUUGGGAAACUGUCUUUAUACAAGAUGCUAUCUUCCCCCUUUGAGUAUCUGUUUGUAGAAGUUAACAAAAAUACCUAAAUAUAAUCAGUCAUUUAUUUCAAGUAAAAUAAAUUUAGUGGACUCAUUGACCAUCCUGGAUGUAACCCACUGCUCUGUGCCCUUCAAACUUGGCAUGAGUACUAUUGGAGAAAGCAUUGGAAUAACAGUCUUUUGUGGGUCAAGUUGAUAAGGAGCACUUAUCAAGUUAUGGCAGGCAAGACUAAAGACAUGGGCAGCUAGAGUCAGAAGCUUGGUGUUGUAUCUGAAUAAGUUUUGAACAAAGAUGGCAGCUUUGUCAACAUUAAACGUGCAUCAGAUUUUUCUCUGGGAAAUUAUUUUUGAAGAAUUCAUAUAGCUGUAUAUCUGUGAAAAGGUUAAUAGACUCAGAAAGACUUCAGAUACUCAUGUAAACACUCAUAUAACCUAUAGCAUUCUUGAGAGAUCUUCAGUUUUCUUUUUAUUUGCCAGAUAAUUACAUUUGGCUUACUCUGAUUUUAUGGUUAUUUAGAUUUCUCCCUUGAACAAACUGGCCUAAUUUUCAGUAUCUAAGAUUCAUCCGUUUCUUGUUAAAAACAGGUAUGAUACAUUAAGGGAGACUAAGUUGAACCAAUCCUCAAAGCCCAGUACAAAUAUAUCUAAUAAGUGCCCCCUUUUAAAGACAUUUUAAUUGAGAAGAGGAGACGGGUGGCGAACAAGAAAGCAGCGGCUCCUGGUAGCGCUACCUGAGAGCACAGCGCUUAUCUGGCAGCCUCAGUUCAGGCGAGUCAUUCUUGAAUUACUAUAUUUAACAGGGGGAAUAUCAUUUAACCUUCGUGCCUCAGACUACCCAUUCGAAAAUUGGGUAUAAUAAUAUUCACCUACCUCCCAGGGAUAUCAGAGACUUUACUAUUUCAAAAAUACUUUGAGUUUUUCUAAAAUGUCCUAUAGAUUUAAAAAGUAUCACCAUCUUCCCGCAGAGGCUAAAAAAUGUGUCCCCAUGAUGGGUAUAAAAAGCACCAUAUGAUUUUUAAGUUUAAAGAAGAAUCACUGGAAUUCUAAUUUAGAUGCGUAUUAUUUAAACAUUUGUGGUGGGAUGAAAAUGGUUAGUUUCAGGUUAAUAAGUGGGGAGGGGGAAUAACACUAAGUUGCUUAAUUGUAAGUAGAUUUUCUUUUUUAGCCUUUUAUGGUGUUAAUACACGUGUGAUUUUUGCCAAGGCCGUGGAGCUGCAGCUAGGUAAAGGUUGGGUGAUUGGCUACUGAAGUUGAUAAAUGAUCCUGAAAGUUUUUUCCGUCUCACUUUUCCAUCUUCUCAGUCUGCUUUCCUUAGAGCACUUGUUUGGUGAUGGAAAGCUAAGCCUUUAGCUUCUAAGCAGGAAUGGACAACUCCUCAUUCUUGUAAAUCAGAGAUUGUGUAUUGUUCAUGUCACUACUGGCUUCUCUGGCUUUGCCCUGAAGGAGCAGGCGCUACACGCAGUCAGCUGGGUGUACCGUUAGCCCGGCGACCUCUGUGUAAUUCAGACUCCUUCCACCCACGACGGAGGCGGAGUCAUCUGCCACUCAGGUUACAGAAGAAUGGGGAGAGGGGAGGCAGGAUUCGCUUCUUAGCUGGGACACGGGUGGGAAGGGUGGGGGUAGAAGGAAACCGGUUUUUGCUCAUCUCUAAGGAAGAAACGAAGAUCAUUUUAUUCCACUUUCCAUCCUGGCAUAUUAAGUAGUGAUGCUUACAAUUUUCCUUUAUCGUUUCAAACAACAGCAACAACGGGGAAAAAUGGAUGCUGCAUUUUUAGUUAGGGCUAAAUGCUAAGCAACAAUUAUUAGAGAGUGUGUGCAGAAUUAAAUUACAGCACAGAUUCAGGGUCAGGAAGGAGAAUGUAGACUGUAAGGAAGAAAUUAUCCAGCUCAAGUGAGUCAAGAGAAAGCACCAUGCCCAAGCAAACCAAGCAUCUGGGUUAAUUCCCACAACUGGCCAAGGCCCAUUUAAUAUCUAGUGAUAGGAUGUUUUUCCUUAAAAAUCACUUUUUGGUUGUUUACUGCUUUUUCCAGAUAAGGCCUUAGUUAGUGACCUCUAAAUAUCAGCUAUGCAGAUAAACGUACUCUUUAUUUUCCACAUUUCCCUCUUUUUCCAUGCUUCAGAUAAUAGAUGUUAAAUGACUUCUACCCAAAGAAAUAAGGCAUAAGGGUUUUGUUGAAUGUGUGUUUGUUCCUCUAGGGAAAACUAACAGAAGCAUAACACAGAGAUAUUUUGUGUGUUCCUCUAUCCUAAAAUGUGAACUUUAUAUUCAAAAACUUAAGUACAGAUCCUUUUACUGGUGCAAAACUGUAGUUAGAAUCAUGGAGUGUCUUUGGGUUGUUAAGAUAAAAUAGUCCCAGUGUUCAGUUCUGAGAACGUUUUAGAUUCUGUGGCACAGUGUUCAGGUUUAUAGAGCUGAACAGUUGGUCAGACUCUAAUUAAAAAUAGCUUUGAAUAUUUAAUGUUGAAUUCCUUCUUUCCUCAUUCUUCUUACCUCUAGUUUGAGCUCUUAAGUUAACCAUUUCAUCAGCUAGUUGCUACACUAGAAUAUCACUUGCAUGUUGUCAAGAGUCUGGAGCAGAAAGGUUAGACUUUCACCUCCUUUUCUCACUCACCUGGCCCAUCUUUCCCGUGUCUCCACUGAAUUCAGAAGGGAAGACUACAGUACAGGCAUCGUCCAGGAGACUGUUUAUAUCCUAGCACAGACUCAGACAGGAACUCAGAGGAGUUUAAUCAGACUGUCUUUGAACAACUUGACAGUAAAUGACAUUUUUCUCAGAUACUCCCAAAGUACUGUUUGCUUGAAAGUAGCUAUUUGUGACCUUUAUUUAAUUUCCUCAUACUGUAAUUCUUGGACUUCUCAGUCUUUCUUACCUAUUUCUAUUUAGAAUAGGUUAGCAGUUUUCUGAACUGUUUCCCAAACAGGUCAAGAAUACUUCCAGAAAUCUCGGUAGUAUAAUUAAGGGGGUCUGUAUUUCCAGGAUUCGGAAUCAUCACUGGUGACUGGAAUUUUUUUUUUCUCUUCUCCCUUGUAUUAAAAACUAGAUUACUCUCCUACUACACAGUGUGGUAGCUGUAAUUCAUGGCCUCCUCUUGAUACUUUUCAAGGUUAUUCAAAAAAGAUGCAGACUUUUAUUAAGGGCUCUUAUUUCUCCUAAUACUCUUCCUUGCUUAUUUUCAUACUGCCCCUGGAAUAAACCUACUUUUGCAAAGGUCUGAGUCACACAGGCCAUAUAAAUUCUUGCCAGUUUUAAUGUUCCUCAGAAGACUCUGCCCAUUAUUUUCUCCCAUUUUGCUAAUAAUAAUAUAAUUCUAUUUUACCUUAAAUCUAGUUUUAAAAUAUUUUGUAAUAGAGCACUAAUGGAAACCUAAUUGAAAUACAAAAAAGAUAACUAUUCCUCAAGAUAACUUGGAAAUACUUCUGUUUUUGAAGUUAACAGCUCCACCUACCCCCAAGCACAUUUCAGAGUCAGCAGUAACGAAGACCAGCCACUUGGCAUGUUUUUCUGUGUGACAACCUGCCUUUAAUUUGUCAGGUCUUACCUACCUUGUAUUUUCUGUCCUCGCAACCAUAAACUUUCCUCAUUUUUGGCUGUCGUGUGCUGUUUGCAGGGUUGACGUGCCCUGUGGCAGCACAUAGGAUUUUUCUUUCCCAUACCUGCAAAUUUACCAAGGAUGACCCCGGUUUGGGCAAGGGGCAUUAAAAGACAAAGAAGUUACUCUCAGCUGAUAAAAGUAUUGCUGUUUUUAUAUAGUGAGUUUAGAAAAUUGGCCAAAGAUGGCCAACUUUUUAAAUCCUGGCUAUGCCUACAUAAUUAAUUACAUAUCCCGUCUGAGACCUUCUGAUAAGUAAGGGGCCCUUCCACCAGUAGAGGCAGGUUUGCAAGCUACAGAUAAUUUCCUCUGACCUAUGGCCAGCCAUAGAAAAGAUUCAAGCUUUGUACCGUCCUUUUGUUGGCUGUCAGUUGAAAAAUUAUAGAAAGUAUCAAAAUAUCAAACUGUUCUUAAGAAGAGUAUGUAAUCUGGGGCUUGCCUUUGUGUUUUGCUCACUAAACGUUGUCAAGCUUAAAAGAAAAGGAAAUGAAAUCUCUGGCUGGUGAAAAUUUUGUGCCCCCAACAAUAUGUUAAUCAAAGUCUACCAAGGUAGCUAAGUGAUGGGUGUUUUCUCUCUUUCAUUACAAGCAAGAAAGUUUAUUCGCAGUUGUAAAAUUAUAGCGGAACUGCAGACCUAUUUGCUAUAACUGAUUGGAAAUAAAGAUUCUGAUUUUUAGUCUGGGUAAGCACAUAUUUCCAACACUUGUGGUAUGCAUUUUGAUAAGGGAGAGACUUUUGUUUGGUAACAGAAGGAAAAAACAGGACUUAUUGAUACAGUGAACGUUCACUCUGUAGAGGAACUUCCCUCCAGGUACACAUCUUCCUCUUACCUUAGCCGCCUCCGCACUUGGUAGAGAUGCCAACAUGUUUCACAACCGAUCUUGAAGGAAGGAGCCUAAAGAAUUGCUGCUCCUCUGGGUGAAAGGCACUGAUUACUGUAUUGCGUUUGUUUGUAGGGAGGUGCGUUUUUGCUCACUUGAAGGGAUAUACUGUAUUUUAAAUAAGUGUGUGACUUAAUAUUUGGGGAUUUUUUUUUCCUCCUUUAAAACUGGACCUGAACACAGCUUUGAGUUGAUAUUUGUAAUAAUCUCAGGACCUGAAAGAUUGUAGCAUUUAGUGUGUCUUAAAAAUUAUGUACUGUACCAGCCAUGGAUUUUUGUAAAUAUACCUGUCUCCCUUUUUUGUAUUAUUUUAGUAAAAAAAAUAAUAAAUUUAAAUAAAAGGGGGUGGUGAUGACAUGUGAAUGGGUGUGGGUAUGUAUGUGUGUGUGUUUGUAUAAGGCUCUUUUGAGACGAACUGGUGCUUGUUUAAUUUCCGGCUCUGAGGAGAGCAGGAAUAUGGCCAAACUGCUGCUACCGACCCUGCACUGAGCCCAGGUGUUUCCAUUUUGUCUUUCCCAGUGCUUGAUUGGACGCGGGCCACCAGGAAAUGACUCAGAAGCUAAACUCUUCUUCCCACUGCCACCUUGCCUUUGCAUUCUCGGUUCUGCACACCCUUUGAACUUCCGUGGCAAAGCUUUCCAAACUCUGGGUGGCUUGUCGGUCUGUAGUUUUCAGAGAGCUCUUGUCACUAUUUUCUAAGAAGAAAGAAGGACAGGUAAAUUUCGUAACCAAAAAAUAAUCACACAUUUCAUAAAACCCUGAUGAAUUCUGGACAUGUGAGAGGGCUUAAACAUUCCUAAAUGUGGAUCUGUGAAUUGAGAAAAUCAGCCCCGUGGAUAUACGCCUUCAGUGCAGGGAAAAAAAUUUUUCUUUUUUUUCUUUUUUUUUUUUUUUUUUUUGUUGCAACAGCCUUGCUCAUAUUCCAGGUAUAGUUAGCAAAUCCCUGUUUUAAAGCAGGAGCCUUAUUUGAUUCCGUGUAGAUGUUUCCUGUCUAUCCUUUGUGACAGGACCUUUUACAUGAGUGUUUUUUCUUUUUGUAUGUGUUAUGUGUUGUAUUAAAUAAAGAGGAAUGUACAUAUUA